AUGGCCUCUUCUUCUCAAAACCCAAUUGAUGACGAGUCAAUUGAUGAAUUUUUUCGUCAAAAGCAAGACGUUACCGGAAGACUUGGUCUCUCUGCACUUCAAAAGUGUACAGCAGCUAUUCGGGUGUUGGCAUAUGGUUCUGCGCUUGAUGCGGUCGACGAAUACCUCCGGCUCGGUACAACCACUACUCGGUUAUGUGUGGAAAAUUUUGUGGAAGCAAUAAUAGAUUUGUUCGGUGAUGAGUACCUACGAAAACCAACACCGGCUGAUCUUCAGCGUCUACUUCAUAUUGGAGAGCUUCGUGGGUUUCCUGGAAUGGUAGGAAGCAUCGAUUUGAAUUUCUCGGUCAACGGAAGAGAGUACGAUUUGGCUUACUAUCUCACCGAUGGUAUUUAUCCAAAAUGGGCAACUUUUAUCCAAUCUAUUCCAAUUCCCCAAGGACCGAAAGCAGUUUUAUUUGCGCAACGUCAAGAAGCUGUCCGAAAAGAUGUCGAGCGUGCUUUCGGAGUUUUGCAAGCUCGAUUUGCCAUUGUCAAAAAUCCCGCUCUUUGUUGGGAUAAAGUCAAGAUUGGAAAGAUUAUGAGAGCAUGUAUCGUACUCCAUAAUAUGAUUGUAGAAGAUGAAAGAGAUGAAUACCCUCGAUAUGAUGUUUCAAAUUUCCAACAAGGAGAAGGCAGCGGAAGUUCACAUGUCGAUCUCAACUAUUCCACAGAUAUGCCAACAAAUAUCGCCAAUCAGAUGGGUGUUCGAACAAGAAUUCGUGAUAGACAAGCACAUCAACAACUAAAAGGUGAUUUGGUUGAACAUAUAUGGCGUAAAUUUGGACGUGAUCAAGACAACAACUGA